AUGCGUCUUGAACAUAGACGAAACCAACAGAAAGAAAAGAAAAAUGCAGAAACAGCUGAAGAAAAUGUGGAAACUUCUAAAGAGCAAGAAAUGCGAAUUGAAUGUGAACACAAUAAAAGGCAAAAGAAAAAAGAUUUAGAAACUAUUAAAAAACAAGAGGAAUGCCUUACACAUGAUCGUAACCAAAAAUGCAAGGGCAAGAAUAUUGAAAUAAUUGAGGAACAAGGAACUCAUAUUGAGAAUAAUCAUGAAUCUGAACUUUCUGGAUCAGACAAAAAACUUUUAAAUAUUUUUUGUAAUAUAAUGAAUAAAACUAGAAGUGAAUAUUGCCCAACCUGUGAAGAAUGUUUUCCUUCUAUAAUUCUCUAUCAAGGUGACGUACCUCAGGAGCUCCAAAAUCUUACUCAUAUCGAAGAAAUGUUGAUUGCACAGGUUUUUUCUGUAGUAUUGGUUUACAAUCUUCGUGGAGGACAGUAUGCGUAUUGGAGAAAUGUUAUUAAUUUUACCCAAGAUGUUUCAAAUGACAAUGAUUCAAGCAAUACAGAGGAAUUACAUGAAAAUAAUAAGGACCCUGAAAAUAAUGUUAUUUUGUAUAUCUUUGUUCCUAUUCAAUCACCUACAUGCCAUGAAGAUAAUGCAAUCGAUAAGCCAUCUGAGUACUUCCAACAUCUCUUGAAAUAUAAAGAUGGUUGUUUUGCUCAUCAUUCACAUUGUCGUUAUUUUGCUUUAAAUUCAUUAAUGCGAUGGCAGGCAUUACAAUGUAGUCGGGUGUAUGUUAAGCAGAACUUAGAGGAAGGUCAACUUACAGCUAUUGAAAUUCAAGAGUUAUUACAAUCUAAUACUAAUUUAGCUAAUCGUGUAAUACAAUAUGGUAAAGUAUUACACAGUACCUGCCAAUAUUGGGCACAACAUAGUUGUGAAUUAUCAGACAUGAUAAAUCAGUUAGGAUCUCAAGGGAUGGUAUUUUUUACUUUUAGCUCUGCUGAUCUACACUGGCCCGAAUUACAUGAUCUUAUGCCACAUGAUGAGAAUCUAAUAGAGGGUGAAACUAACAAAGAGGCUGCUAAAUGUCAAUAUCAAGAUCUAAUCGACAAUCUACAUAUAGUUGCAUGGUUUUUUAAUAAAAGGGGUGAUGCUUCAAAAGUUGAAUUGAAUAAAAUUAAAGACAAUGAACAACUAAUACAAAAUAUUUUGUACUAUAUGGAUUCCUUAAUUACUACUAUUAAUCCAGAUACAGAUGCACCUGUACCAAGUCAUUAUCCAUAUCAAAAAUGUAUGGAAUUCUGUAAAGAUGAUUUACAAGACUAUGUAGAAUUAGUUAACAAACUUCAAAGACAUACGCGAUGCAGUACUUCAUAUUGUUUAAAGACUAAUAUACAAACCAGACAACAAAUUUGUAGAUUUGGAUUUCCCAAAAAAUUGAGAGAACAAACUAUUAUACAGUAUAAUAAUUAUGAACAACCAGAAUUAUUGACUGCCAGAAAUGACUCUUAUAUAAAUUCAUAUGAUCACCUUCAACUUCAAAAGUAG